GGGCAGGCACCGUUCUCCAUGAUUUAAUCAUUGUUUUGGGGGUUAAAGAAAGUCCGCAGAGCAAUGUGUUUCUCUGAGGUUUGGCUUUAGUCUGCCAGCUGUUCUCAUUGUCUCUCUGAGAAUACAGAAGAAAAAAAAUGCAGCUUUGGUACAUUGCAGCUAUUUUUUUGUGCGAUGUCGCUGGUACAGAGGCAAAAGCAGUACAUAGCCUUCCUGAUUUUGGAAAGAGCUAUCAUGUCAAAGGAAUCAUCUCUCUGCCCUAUGCUGAAAUUGAGGAACCAUUUGAGGCCUGGUUAGACCUGACAGCAAAGUCAAGCCGGAUAGACUACUACCACGGCCAGGUUUUGACUUACCAGUUAGCUUCAGAGCAGCAGUAUGGCACUGCCUAUAAGAUCUCGCCUGAGACCACUGAAGAGGAGCUAAAUGUGAUGAAGUGCUUCCAGAUUAACGGAACAAAGGACGGAGCAGUCACACCGCAGGCUGCGCUCCCCGAUGUGCAGGGCUUCCAGGUGUGUGUUUUAUUUCUUUUUAUUCCACUUUUCAGUNNNUCCCUGUGUGAAGUCUGGCAGAAUGUGACCACUGUGGGUUACAAGAAGAACACGUACACACUGUGGGUGACACAUUCAGAGCGAGGUGCAGAUGGAGGAAAAGACAACCCCAUUCCCAUUCACUAUGAGAUGAUGGGAUACAACACUCUGCUGGGGUCCCAUUACGACAAGUACUUGGUGGAAUACAAGGAGUUCAGCACUGAGGUGAACCCCAAAGUCUUCCUGCUGCCUGAAGGCAUGAGUUGUGGUGGGUUUCCUGGUCCUGGAGUGGAGCACCAUAUGUUGGCCAAUCCAAUGAAAGAUCUCAUCCACACCUCAGCGUCAGGCCAGUCACAGCGCAUGUUCAGCCAUUUCAAGGACAAGUUCCAGCGGCAGUACAACGAUGAAAGGGAGCACGAGAAGAGGGAGCAUGCUUUUGUUCUUAACCUACGGUACAUUCACUCUAAGAACAGAGCGGGCAUGUCUUUCUCUCUGGCUCUGAACUCUCUGUCAGAUCGCACCAUGUCUGAGCUGGCAACCAUGAGGGGAAGAAAAAGGGGAAAGACCCCAAACAGAGGGCUCCCCUUCCCCUUCAAAGCUUACGAAAGAGUAAAUCUUCCCGAGUCACUCGACUGGAGGCUUUAUGGCGCCGUGACCCCAGUAAAGGACCAGGCCAUCUGUGGCUCCUGCUGGAGCUUUGCCACCACUGGAGCAGUAGAGGGCGCUCUCUUCUUAAAGACGGGCUCUCUGCAGGUUCUGUCUCAGCAGAUGCUGAUCGACUGCUCCUGGGGUUUCGGUAAUAACGGCUGCGAUGGCGGGGAGGAGUGGAGAGCGUACGAGUGGAUCAUGAAGCACGGAGGCAUCGCCACAAUGGAAACAUAUGGCGCCUACAUGGGGAUGAACGGAUUUUGCCACGUGAACUCAUCCGAGCUCACUGCACGUAUCCAGAGCUACACGAACGUCACGUCUGGCGAUCAACUGGCCCUCAAGCUGGCGCUCUUUAAAAACGGCCCCGUUGCCGUGAGUAUCGACGCAUCACAUCGCUCGUUUGUUUUCUACAGUAACGGCGUCUACUACGAACCUGCUUGUGGGAACACUGUGGAUGAUCUGGACCAUGCUGUGCUUGCAGUGGGAUAUGGCACCCUGAAUGGAGAGCCAUACUGGCUCAUCAAGAACUCUUGGUCCACAUACUGGGGCAAUGAUGGCUACAUCCUCAUGUCUAUGAAGGAUAACAACUGUGGUGUUGCCACUGAUGCUACAUAUGUUACACUGGCAUAGACUGUGCCUUCUUUUAAAGCCUUUAUGUUGCUGUUGAUGCCACUUCAUGACUGCUGAAUUACACUUAAUCUUGAUGUGUGUGUUAGGCCAGCUUUAUGGGAAAAAAGCCUAAGAACUUAUCGUCGACUGAACUAAAUUGGGAGGAGACAGCACUACAGUGUGUUGCAUUGAUAACAAGACAAACUGGAUCAUUGUGAAGUAAAAAGUGUUACGUCCCGAUAAUCAAUUUUGUCUCUGUGAUGUUAGUUUUUUUAAUUGCUGCUGGAAGGCAGAAUUUUUAUUGAAAACAAAUUUAAAUAAAUUUGCUGGUCCCAGGAAGUUAUUAACUGUGGUUGCUUUGUCUGUUUCUACUUGGUGGCACACAAACACACACAGAACAAGUUCA